AAACGCGCCUGGUUACCCCGGCACGCCGCCUCCGCGCAGCUCCGCCGCCCUGGCCCGACCCCUGGCCUGUGCCGGCACACGCGGAGGGGCCGCCAGACCCCGUCAGCUUCGGCACCGGUGAGGGAUGGGCCAGAGAAGGAGGGGAGAGAUGAGGGGGAAGACUCACUGCUCGACACUGUCCAGGGAACCUCAGCCACAAAGACGUCGAAGAGCUGCCGGGAACGGCGCCCAAACGCCCGCGCCGCGCCGGCCGCCGCCAUGUCGGGACUGCGGCGGGCGAGAGGGAGGGCCCCGCCCGGGCCCGCCCCGCCCCGGCAGCACCGCCCGCCUCGGCCGGCCCGAAAUGGCGGCGGCGGCGGCACUGACCCGGGAGGGUGGGGAGGAUGCGUUUCGUCGGCUCUUUCGCUUCUACCGGCAGCGCGACGUGUCCGACCUGCGGGGCGUGGUGGACUUUUCCGCGCCGGGGGGCCAGGUGUUUAGAUCACAGCUCAGUAUUUCUUCAGUCAGUGAUCAAGAUGCCUACAGAGCAGGAUUACAGCCAGUUAGCCAGUGGAAAGCCUAUGGCCUCAAUGGGUAUCCAGGGUUUAUUUUCAUACCAAACCCUUUCCUUCCUGGCUGCCAGCGUCACUGGGUGAAACAGUGUCUCAAGCUAUACCCCCAGAAACCCAAUGUCUGCAACCUGGACCUGCACAUGGCUCCUGAGAAGACCAUUGACCUGUGGGGACAGAGCAAGGAGCAGCUAAGAAGGAAAGGUUCCAGUAAACGGGAGCCCAGAAGCUUAUUGGAGAAGCUGCGCUGGGUGACCCUUGGUUACCAUUAUAACUGGGAUACUAAGAAGUACUCAGCAAAUCACCACACUCCUUUCCCCUCAGACCUUGCAUUCCUGUCAGAACAAGUGGCUGCAGCCUGUGGUUUCAGGGGUUUCCAAGCCCAAGCAGGGAUCUUGAACUACUAUCAUUUUGACUCUUCACUGGGAAUUCAUGUGGAUGAGUCUGAACUAGACCAUUCUCGGCCCCUUUUAUCAUUCAGUUUUGGGCAAUCCUCAAUAUUUUUGCUUGGGGGCCGUAAGCGGGAGGAGGCCCCAACAGCGAUGUUCAUGCACAGCGGAGAUAUCAUGGUGAUGUCUGGCUUGAGCCGCCUGCUGUACCACGCUGUCCCCCGUGUGCUCCCCAACCCUGAGGGGACAGCCGUGCCUUCCUGCCUCAACCAAGCACUUCCUUCAGACCUUCCUGUUGGCUCAGUCAUUGAACACAGCUCUGAUGAGGACUGGCAGGUGUGUGCCAAGUACCUGCAGUCUUCCCGCAUUAAUAUGACUAUUCGGCAGGUGUUGGCUGAGGGUCAGAAAUUUCCAGAGAAUUCUGACACAAAUGGAAAGGGCCAAGCACCCUCUGAAGACAGUCACCAUGAGGAGAACAGCAGAGGCAAGAGACAUAAACCAAAUACAGUCAGCUGAGACCAGGAGAUUGUGCUGGCAUGGAUGGGACAGGCAACCUCCAUAUGGAAUUAGGAACUAAUGUAAUAUUGCAAGUCACUUGUCUGUAUUGGGAUAAUAAACUUGUGCAGAAUAAA